UGUUCUCUUUGUUACAUCGCGCUUAAACAACAAAUCCCUCUCAUUAACAUUAUUAUUAUAUAUUCCAUUACACAUAGUGCUCUAUGCUAAUAUUCUCUGUUUUCCUAUCUCUUCUUUGAUCCAACCUUAGUAUCCUUGCCUUCCCAUGGCUGAAAACCAAUUUCCAGACGAACGCGGCCAUGUACAGGCUAAUGGGUGUUCUCGAUUGGAUAAGCUCAAGAGAUUUCCGAAACGUGCAUGGGAAAAGCUAUGGCAAGUUGGCAGGGACGAUCCACGACGGGUCAUUCAUUCACUGAAAGUCGGGACGGCCUUGACAUUGGUUUCUUUGUUGUAUCUCAUGGAGCCAUUGUUCAAAGGGAUUGGCCAGAGUGCGAUUUGGGCUGUCAUGACUGUGGUUGUAGUGAUGGAAUUCACUGCAGGUGCGACUCUGUGCAAGGGAUUAAACAGAGGAUUAGGAACACUGUGCGCGGGCUCAUUGGCGUUCUUGAUCGAAUUUGUUGCUAAUAAGUCAGGACGAGUCUUUCGUGGCGUCUUCAUUGGAAUUGCAGUUUUUAUAAUAGGUACUGGAUCUACAUAUGUGAGAUUCAUCCCCUUCAUAAAGAAACAAUAUGAUUAUGGUGUUGUAAUUUUUCUUCUAACCUUCAACCUGAUAACGGUAUCUAGUUACCGGGUCCACAAUGUUUUGCACAUCGCACAUGAUCGGUUUUUCACCAUUGCCAUCGGUUGCGCUAUCUGCCUUUUCAUGAGUCUCUUGAUUUUUCCUAAUUGGUCCGGCGAGGAAUUCCACAAGUCGACUGUGUCUAGGAUUGAAGGAUUAGCCAUUUCCAUUGGAGCUUGCGUCAAAGAUUAUUUCGAAGAGGCAGAGGAUGAAUCUGUAAGAAGCAAUGCGUCCAAGGAUCCCAUCUAUCAGGCUUACAGAGCAGUUCUAGACACCAAAUCAAACGAUGAGACUUUAGCACUGUUCGCUAGCUGGGAGCCAAGGCAUUCGAUACACUGCCACCGCUACCCAUGGCAACAAUAUGUGAAAUUGGGAGCCGCUCUACGCCAUUUUGGAUACACCGCCAUAGCUCUACAUGGCUGCCUAGAAUCCGAAAUUCAGACACCACGUUCCGUCCGAGCCCUGUUCAGGGACCCAUGCAUCCGAGUCGCCGACGAAGUAUCGAAGGUACUCCUCCAACUUGCAAAUGGCUUGCGGAACCGCCGUCAUUGCUCUCCAGAGGUACUUUCCGACCGCCUCCACAAGGCCUUGCAAGACCUCAACUCAAAGAUCAAAUCCCAACCACGGCUCUUCCUCGGUUCCAACCACAUCCAAGCCAACAACAUGCUCGCAGUCGCAGCCGCGGCUGCUGAGAGGAGACAUGAUAAGGACGCGGGAGUCACCCUUUCGUCCGUCAAGACGGAUUCAUCAGCAUUACUCGAGUGGCGGACGAAGAGGGUAGGCGACAAAUCAUUCUCCGAGCGGAAGGUAUUACGACCCCAAUUGAGCAAGAUCGCGAUCACUAGCCUUGAAUUCUCGGAAGCGCUCCCGUUCGCCGCAUUCGCUUCAUUGCUAGUAGAGAGUGUAGUGAGGCUUGAGCUUGUGAUUGAAGAAGUAGAAGAGUUAGGGAAGGUUGCUUGCUUCAAGGAGUACGUGGAGCAACCCGACAGAGAAAUGUUCGUACCGACUCGCCAGAGGAUGGAGCCCAAUCAUUCCAACGAUCUUGUCGCGAACGACGUCUAGUAGCCACAGUGCUACAUUCUCUGAAAGAUUUCCGUUGGAUGGUAACGGUCAAAUACAAUCGGCUGUUUGGACCUUAAUAAAUUUUGGAAGUAUAUAUA